UGUUUUGCAGCUGCUGCAAACAUAGCAACAAAAUCAAAUCAAGAGUUCAUUCUCUUUUUAUUUUUGCUUGGUUUUUUUAGUUUUUUGGUUUAAAGCCAAAUGACACUUUUUGCAGACGCAGCAAACGGCAGUGCAACAACUCGUUUAUUCUAUUAAGAAUCAGCGGAGCAAAGCUAAAUAUCAAUCGGGCGGCAUAACAACAACAGCAACAACAAUUCGAUAACAAGAACAACAGCAACAAUAGAGAAAUAACAAUGAGCAGUCGACGACGUACAGUGAUUAUAUUCAAAUCGGAAUCGGAGAGCACAGAUGUGUAUGCGGAGACCUUGCUGGGGCACAACUUUCAGCCAGUGUUUGUGCCCACCCUGAGUUUCGGUUUCAAGCAACUCGAUCAGUUGCGGGCCAAGCUGAUGACACCCGAUAAAUAUGCGGGCAUCAUAUUCACGAGUCCGCGCUGCGUCGAAGCUGUGGCGGAGGCACUGCAGCUGAGGGAGCUGCCCGCUGGUUGGACACUGUUGCAUAACUAUGCCGUUGGCGAGGUUACGCACAAUCUGGCCUUGAGCACACUGCAACAGCUCUUCACCCAUGGCAAGCAGACGGGAAACGCUCGCAAUCUGGGUGACUUCAUUGUGGACACAUUCGAUGGCUCACGGAAUCUGCCGCUGUUGUUGCCCUGCGGCAAUUUGGCCACCGACACCUUGCUCUCCAAGCUGGUGGAGAAUGGCUUCUGUGUGGAUGCCUGUGAGGUGUACGAGACGAAGUGCAGCCCCCAAUUGGGAGAAUGCAUUGAGCGUGCUUUGCAGGAUGUGGAGAGCAUUGAGUUUCUGGCUUUCUUCUCGCCGUCGGGUGUCAAUUGUGCCCAUGAAUGGUUUAAGGCGCACAAUGUCUCGCUGGAGCAGUGGAAACUCGUGGCCAUUGGGCCGAGUACACGACGUGCUCUGGAAUCGCUGGGAUUGAAGGUUUUCUGCACCGCGGAGCGACCAACGGUGGAGCAUCUGGUGAAAGUGCUGCUUAAUCCGCAGGAGAGUCGCGAGCGCUUGGUGCGGGAACGGGAACGGGAACGCAUUGCCGCCCUGGACAAUUAAUGAUAGUAAUGAUAGUCUAGUUUGGACAUAUAUGGUUUUGUUUUUUUUUAUUUUAAUUGAUACCCUCUAUCUCUCUCUAUUUGAUGUGACCUCCAAUGAGUACAAAAUUAGUGAGCCCAGCACAUGAAAUGUGUUGGGCAUUUGUAAGUUUAUUUUUGUGGCCUCAGAUACUCAAGCACCUCGAUUGAAGCGAAAAUAAACUUGUAUUUUUCUGUUCUAAAUUUA